AUAUUCCCAUAGUUUCGGUCAUGUAUUAUUGUUAUUAUUCAGUCAGUAUGUCAGGGUGAUUCAAAUUCAUUAUAAAAAUUCAUACAAUUUUUCAUUGUAUAAUGUUCAAUUAGUCAAAACAUUAAGUAAAUCAUACAUUAAUUUUUUUCGAAACCAUGUUCUCUCAUAAACUCCUUCCUUUCAUGUCCCUCGCGCACUAUAAAUUCAUGACGUUUAUGACCAGCACUGUAAAUCAAGAUUUCAAAAAACGCAAACUGACUAAAGCCAAAUCAAACAAAUCCAAACCCAACAAUGACUCCACAUCAGAUGUGGAUGCCUCUCCUAAGCGUGUCAUAUUGGAUUGCGACGUGGGAACUGACGAUGCCGUAGCUCUUUUCUUAUUGUUAUCAGCAGAAUUGAAGAAACUGGUAAAGAUUGAAAUGAUUGUCUGCACACGAGGCAACAGCAGCCUUCGUAAUGUCUGCCGCAAUACAAUACGUUUGCUCGAAGUGGCCAAACGCACUGACAUCCCUGUUUACAAAGGUUCACACGAAGCAUUUCUGCCCACCUCCGCACCUGAUGAAUUCUAUCACGGUGUGGACGGUUUCGGUGAUUUGAAGCAUCAACACGAGCCAGACUUGUCACUCAUCCGCCCAGAACCGGCCCUAAUUGCAAUGCGAGACCUCAUAGUAAACAAUCCCAAAGAAAUCACCGUCAUCGGUAUAGGGCCUUUAACAAACAUCGCGCUCCUAAUGCGAUACUAUGGCGAUGUUAAUCAAAACAUUAAAGAUUUAUAUAUCAUGGGCGGAAAUCAUUUGGGCAUUGGCAACGUAACACACUCAGCAGAGUUCAAUUUCUUUACAGAUCCAGAAGCCGCACAGGUUGUGUUGUACAGCGCUGAAUGCCCUUUAAAUUUAUUGACCUGGGAGACUUGUCUAGAAACAAAAAUUCCACUAAAAUGGCGGAUUGACGCUCUAGGCAAUGACGGCGGGGAGACCUGGAAGUUAAUUGAUCGCGCCGAAAGAGUCGUCUAUAAAAAUAUGGACCAAUGGUUGCCAUGUGACGCGUUUCUUGUUGCCGCCAUGUUGUAUCCCGAUAUAGUGAAGAAUAAGAUGCGCCGUUAUCUUGAUGUUGAAUUGCACGGUAAAUUAACACGUGGACAAAUGGUUGUGGAUCAUCUCAAUAAAACGCCACCCAAUGCAACCAUUAUUCAACAGAUCGAUUCGGAAAUGUUUAAACAUUUGAUGUGUAGUGUUUUUAUGAAGUUUUGAUUUGUUUUUGGUACUAUUUGCUUAAUAAAUUAGGAUGUACUGCAGUAUAA